UUAUGCUGGCACUUGAUGACUUGGUGGGUCUUUUUAACCGUUUGAUUCUGGGACAUUUUAAGUUAUCUCUUCCAUAAUUAAAAAAUCUUGACUAUGUUUCUAUUUUUCUCCAGUUUUAUUGAGGUAUAACCAGCGAAAUUGUUAUAUAUUUAAAGCAUACAAGGUAAUGAUUUGAUAUACAUAUACGUUGUGAAAUGAGUACCAUAAUCAAAUUAUCCAUCACUUAAAAGUUACCUUUAAAAAUGUUUUUAGAGGCGCCUGGGGGCUCAGUCGGUUAAGCGUCUUGACUUUGGCUCAGGUCAUGAUCUCGCAGUUUGUGGGUUCGAGCCCUGUGUCAGGCUCUGCAGAGCCAGGAGUUGCUUCAGAUUCUGUGUCUCCCUCUCUCUCUGCCCCUCCCCUGCUUGCACUGUCUCUGUCCCUCUCUCUGUCUCUUUCUCUCAAAAAUAAAUACUAAAAAAAAGAUGUUUUUAAUUCUAGUGUAGUUAACAUACAGUGUUAAGUUAGUUUCAAGCGUACAAUAUAAACUGUGUGUGGUGAGUGUGCUUAAAAGUUGCUUUCUUAGCAAAUUUCAAGUGAAAUACAUUAUUAACUAUAGUCACCAUAAUGUAUAUUAUAUCUUCGAUCUUAUAAAUGAAAGUUUGUAUUCUCUGGGGCACGUGGGUGGCUCAGUCAGUGAGUUCAGGUCAUGAUCCCAGGGUUGUGGGAUCCAGCCCCGGGUUGGGCUCCUUGCUGAGCCUGGAGCCUGCUUCACAUUCUCCCCCUCUGCGCCUCUCCCCUGCUUGUGCGAGCACAGGUGUGCCCUUUCUCUGUCUCUCAGAUUCAAAACAAAACAAAACAAAAGUUUGUGUUCUCUGACCAAUGUUCUCCUGUUUCUCCCACCCCCAGCCCCUGACUGUUUUACUCUCUUUUUCUAUGAGUGUGACUUUUUUCUUUUUUCUUUUUCAGAUUACACAUGUAAGGGGGAUCACACAGUUUUUGGCUUUCCCUCUCUGGCUUAUUUCACUUAGCAUAAUGUCGUCUGGGUUGCAAAUGGCAGAAUUUCCUUUUUUUUUUUUAAUUGGGGCAAUUUUUUGAUAUAUACAAUGGAAUAGUAUUCCAUUGUAUAUAUCUACCAUAUUUUCUUCAUCAGCUGGUGGGUUGAUGGACACAGAGGUUGUUGCCAUGUGUUGGCUGUUGUAAAUAACACUGCACUAAACAUGGGUAGCCGAUGCCUCUGAGAUAGCAAUGUUGUUUCCUUCAGAUAAAUGCUCAGAAUGGGAUUGCUGGGUCACGUGCUGUUUCUUCUUUCUCUUUAAUGUCUUUUUUUAUUUUGAGAGAGAGCACAAGCGUGAGCGUGCACGGAAGCGGCAGAGAGAAUCCCAAACAGGCCGCGCUGUCAACCCAGAGCCUGACCUUGAGCUCCAUCCCACGAACCGUGGCAUCGUGACCUGAGCCACAAUCAGGAGUGGGACGCUUAAUCGACCGAGCCACCGACACUCCUCAGAUGUGCUCUAGAUACGGAGCGCCUGGGCUGAACGCAGUUUAGCAUCAAAAGGGUCCUCUUUCUGUCGAGAAGAUUGCGAAGCGUGUCAAGAUGAAGCAGGCACCGGAGACCCUCGGCAGCACGAACGGGAAGUCCCAGAACUGUGAAGUGAAUCGCGAAUGUUCCGUGUUCCUCAGCAAAGCCCAGCUCUCUACCAGUCUACAGGAGGGGGUCAUGCAGAAGUUCAACGGCCACGACGCACUUCCCUUUAUUCCAUCCGAGAAGCUGAAGGACCUAACGUCCCGUGUGUUUAAUGGCGAGCCUGGUGCUCAUGAUGCCAGAUUGCGCUUUGAGUCCCAGGAAGUGAAGGCGCUCGGGACGCCGCCCAGCACCACCCCCAUCAAAAACGGCUCUCCGGAGAUUAAGCUGAAGAUCACCAAAACGUACAUGAACGGGAAACCUCUCUUUGAAUCUUCGAUUUGUGGGGACAGUGCUGCUGCCGUGUCCCAGUCGGAAGAACACGGACAAAAACCGGAAAAUAAGGCCAGAAGGAACAGGAAGCGGAGCAUAAAGUACGACUCCUUGCUGGAGCACGGUCUUGUUGAGGCAGCGCUGGUGUCCAGGAUCUCGAGUCCCUCCGACAAAAAGGUUGCGGCUAAGAAAGAGUCCUGUCCAAAUACUGGCAGAGACAAAGACCACCUGUUGAAAUACAGUGUUGGCGACUUGGUGUGGUCCAAAGUGUCCGGUUACCCUUGGUGGCCGUGCAUGGUCUCUGCUGACCCACUCCUUCACAACUACACCAAACUUAAAGGUCAGAAAAAGAGUGCACGCCAGUAUCACGUACAAUUCUUUGGUGAUGCCCCAGAAAGAGCUUGGAUAUUUGAGAAGAGCCUUGUAGCUUUUGAAGGAGAAGGACAGUUUGAAAAAUUAUGCCAGGAAAGUGCCAAGCAGGCACCCACGAAAGCUGAGAAAAUUAAGCUGUUGAAACCUAUUUCAGGGAAAUUGAGGGCCCAGUGGGAAACGGGCAUCGUUCAAGCAGAAGAAGCUGCAAGCAUGUCGGUGGAGGAGCGGAAGGCCAAGUUCACUUUCCUCUACGUGGGGGAGCGGCUUCACCUCAACCCUCACGUAGCUAAGGAGGCAGGCAUUUCUGUGGAGGCUCCGCCUCUGGGACCCAUGGUAGAGCCCUCAGGAGUCCCCGAGGAAGCUGCUGCUGACCCCGAGUCCAUGCGAGAAGAGGGCGUUCCCGUCAAGAGAAGGCGGAGAGUGAAGCUGUCUAGCUCUGCCGAAAACCGAGCGGGUGACCCUGGGACAGUACAGAGUACUCCUCAAAAGAUGGCAGAGGCCGACCCCAAGAGAGGAGUCGGGUCUCCUCCUGGGAGGAAGAAGGCCACGGCCUCCGCUCCACGAAGCAGGAAGGGAGAUGCGGCAUCCCAGUUUCUGGUCUUCUGUCAGAAGCACAGGGAUGAGGUGGUCGCAGAGCACCCGGACGCCUCGGCCGAGGAGGUCAAAGAGCUGCUCGGCUCCCAGUGGGACAUGCUCAACGAGAAGCAGAAGGCGCGCUAUAACACCAAGUUUGCCCUCGUGGCCUCUCCCCAGUCUGAAGAAGACUCCGGUAACAUAAAUGGGAAAAAAAGAAACCAUACCAAGAGGACCCAGGACCCUCCUGAAGACGUUGAAAUAGAAGACGCACCCAGGAAAAGACUCAGGACCGACAAGCACGGUCUCCGGAAGAGAGAGACGGCGAGUGACAAGACGGCCCGAACAGGUUCUUGCAAGGCCAUGGAGGCCGCCACCUCGCUGAAGAGCCAGGCAGCAACGAAACACCUGUCUGACGCAUGCAAACCACUGAAGAAGCGAAAUCGGGCGUCUGCAGCAGCGUCGUGCGCUCCUUUUAGCAAAAGUUCAUCUCCUUCUGCGUCCCUAACUGAGAAUGAGGUGUCGGACGGCCCGGGAGACGAGCCCGCCGAGUCCCCGUACGAGAGCGCCGACGAGACCCAGACCGAAGCGUCCGUCUCCUCCAAGAAGUCUGAGCGGGGCGUGGCCGCCAAAAAGGAGUACGUGUGUCAGCUGUGCGAGAAGCCGGGCAGCCUCCUGCUGUGCGAGGGGCCCUGCUGCGGAGCCUUCCACCUCGCCUGCCUCGGGCUGGCCCGGAGACCCGAAGGGAGGUUCACCUGCAGCGAGUGCGCCUCAGGGAUUCACUCGUGUUUCGUGUGUAAGGAGAGCAAGACGGACGUCAGGCGCUGCGUCGUGUCGCAGUGCGGGAAGUUCUACCACGAAGCCUGUGUGAGGAAGUACCCUCUGACCGUGUUCGAGAGCCGAGGCUUCCGCUGCCCCCUGCACAGCUGCGUGACCUGCCACGCGUCCAACCCUUCCAACCCCAGGCCCUCGAAAGGGAAAAUGAUGCGGUGCGUCCGCUGCCCCGUCGCCUACCACGGAGGGGACGCUUGUCUGGCGGCCGGCUGCUCCGUGAUCGCUUCCCACAGCAUCAUCUGCACAAGCCAUUUCACUGCCCGCAAGGGGAAGCGGCAUCACGCGCACGUGAACGUGAGCUGGUGUUUCGUGUGCUCCAAAGGGGGAAGCCUGCUGUGCUGUGAGUCCUGCCCGGCGGCCUUCCACCCCGACUGCCUGAGCAUCGAGAUGCCCGACGGCAGCUGGUUCUGCAACGAGUGCCGAGCCGGGAAGAAGCUGCACUUCCAGGACGUCGUCUGGGUUAAACUGGGGAACUACAGAUGGUGGCCGGCAGAAGUUUGCCAUCCCAAAAAUGUUCCCCCAAAUAUUCAGAAAAUGAAGCACGAGAUUGGAGAAUUCCCUGUGUUUUUCUUUGGGUCUAAAGAUUAUUACUGGACGCAUCAGGCGCGAGUGUUCCCGUACAUGGAGGGGGACCGGGGCAGCCGCUACCAGGGGGUCAGAGGGAUCGGAAGAGUCUUCAAAAACGCACUGCAGGAAGCUGAAGCUCGUUUUCGUGAAAUCAAACUUCAAAGGGAAGCCAGAGAAACGCAGGAGAGUGAGCGCAAGCCCCCGCCGUACAAGCACAUUAAGGUGAACAAGCCCUAUGGGAAAGUCCAGAUCCACACGGCCGACAUCUCUGAGAUCCCCAAGUGCAACUGUAAGCCCACCGACGAGAACCCCUGCGGCUUCGACUCGGAGUGUCUGAACCGGAUGCUGAUGUUCGAGUGCCACCCGCAGGUGUGCCCCGCGGGCGAGUACUGCCAGAAUCAGUGCUUCACCAAGCGCCAGUACCCCGAGACCAAGAUCAUCAAGACGGACGGCAAAGGGUGGGGCCUGGUCGCCAAGCGGGACAUCAGAAAGGGAGAGUUCGUGAAUGAGUACGUCGGCGAGCUGAUCGACGAGGAGGAGUGCAUGGCGAGGAUCAAACACGCACACGAGAACGACAUCACACACUUCUACAUGCUCACCAUAGACAAGGACCGGAUAAUUGAUGCUGGCCCCAAAGGAAACUACUCCCGGUUCAUGAAUCACAGCUGCCAGCCCAACUGUGAGACCCUCAAGUGGACGGUGAACGGGGACACUCGCGUGGGCCUGUUUGCCGUGUGCGACAUCCCCGCAGGGACGGAGCUGACCUUCAACUACAACCUCGACUGUUUGGGUAACGAGAAGACAGUCUGUCGGUGUGGGGCCUCCAACUGCAGCGGGUUCCUUGGGGACAGACCAAAGACCUCGACGUCCCUUUCUUCAGAGGAAAAGGGCAAAAAGACCAAGAAAAGAACGAGGAGGCGGAGAACCAGAGGCGAAGGGAAGAAGGAGUCCGAGGACGAGUGUUUCCGCUGUGGGGACGGCGGCCAGCUGGUGCUGUGUGACCGCAAAUCCUGCACCAAGGCCUACCACCUGUCGUGCCUGGGCCUGGGCAAGCGGCCCUUCGGGAAGUGGGAAUGUCCUUGGCACCACUGUGACGUGUGUGGCCGACCUUCCACGUCAUUCUGCCACUUCUGCCCCAACUCAUUCUGCAAGGAGCACCAGGACGGGGCGGCCCUCGGCUCCACGCGGGACGGGCGGCCAUGCUGCUGCGAGCAUGACCUGGGGGCCGUGUCGGCCCGGAGCGCCCAGACUGGGAAACCCUUUCCGGAACCCAGCAAGUCCAAGGGGAAGAGGAAGAGAAGGAGUGAGGAGCCGGCCCCAGGAGUGGUGAUAGUGACAGUGUUGUAAGCUGUCCCGUAGUUUUUUCUGUCGUGGAUUUGGACUGAAUGGCGCCACCCCGUGGCCCUUGCAAGCGUGGGGCCUCUCGGAGCGGCCUCCCCGGCCCAGGCCAGGUCUGGCACAUCUCACCUGGGCCUGUCCCUGAACGCACUAGGUUCUUACCAACAUUUGGGGGAAGACUUUGUAUAUUUUUUUCAUUGGGCUUUUUUUUUACCAGUUUCUGGCUUUUAUUCUCAAUAUAUUUUUGCUAAACUCGUUUUCACAAAUUA